CUGAGUUUUCACCGCGAGACUAAACAUGUCUUAGUUUAAGCUGAUGUUUAGAGGGAAAGGGGCAUAUCAGCUGCCUCAGAGCUAAUCAGCGUGAAAACACCAGAGAGACACGUUUUACGUCCACAGCCUUUACUCGGUGCAGUGUACAUACUGCAUAGGACGUCGGCGCAACCUGUUGCCGUUGGCAACUGGAUCUCUGGCACACACCCCAGCUUCACUCCCGCGCUCACGUGUCAAGGAAAAACAAAUGCGCGGCACUUAGUUACCUGAACAGUUUAACAGACGUUAAUGUAGUUGUAUACAGUGUGGACAGUGUAUACAGUGGACACUGUUGCUUUCACUGCAAAAAGUAUGCUAAUGCCUCAGCUCUGUGACGCGUGCCCGUGACUUGAUUUAAUACAAUGCAGGGUAACGCCAGACAGCUAGACGAAGGACGACUUGGACCAAGCAGUGUUAGAUCCGCUGGUGAAACAAAACAAGUCCGCAAAGUUCAUACCAGAAGGAUUCCUUACAGAGUUGGAUACAGCUGGAACAAAGGUGGAAGACUCAAGGAGCUGAGAAUAAGGCACUUGGCCAGAAAGUUUCUGAAGAUAUGGGUGCAGAACACCUUUGGCCGAGUUCCUCCUCAUAAAGCCAAGUCUUACUAUGACAAUGUGGUGCUGAGACAAGCCUUUGAAGGAUGGAGAGAAGAGUGGUGGACAUCCAGGAGAGAGUGGAGUCUUGCAACACGGGCAGACUGUCACUACAGGUAUUAUCUGUAUAACUUGGUAUUCCAUAGCUGGCGAACAUUUGUUUCCUUGCAGAGGGAAAAGAAGAGCAAAGUCCAAAAUGCUCAAUCACAUGCUGACAGGCAACGGAUGCAUCUGGUUUGGGACAGGUGGAAGGUUUUCACAGAGAUGAGGCGAAUGAAGAAGAGAAUGCUUGAAUCUGCUUUUGAGCAUAACAGACUCACAACUCUUCAUUCUGCAUGGAGAUUGUGGCAGUCGAGGCUGCAGCAGCAUCAAGAUUUUCACAUUUUGGAGGACCAAGCCCUCAAACAGCGGGCGCUGACUUUACAGAAGAUGGCUUGGCUUCAAUGGAAAGAAAUGCACACAGCUUCUUGUUGCCAGAAAGAGAAAGAAUCCAAGGCUUCACUUCACUUCAUCAUCAGACUGAAAAGAAAAACACUGCAUCAGUGGAUGAGUUAUGUGUCCUGCUGUCAAACUAAAAGGAAGGCACAAGCUGCAGCUCAGAGUGCCUGUUAUCUCCGCCUGGUGAGGAUGUGCUGGAAUAAGUGGAGCAAUGCGUUGGAUCGCAGGUGGAGUGAGAAGGACCGCUUGGAAGCUGCAGGGCAGUUAGCCAUACAGAGCACCCGGCGCAGAAUGCUGGAGCGAUGGAAAGCGUAUGUGACGAUGUGCAGAGAUGAAGCUGAAAUAAACCAAAUGGCGAGUCAACACCACCAACAUCAUCUGCUGAGUGUUGGAUUGCAGGGACUGUCUCUCAACAUCAUCCAGAACAAAACACAUCGCUUGAAUAACAACAUGGCCAUCCAGCAUUAUUAUCAAACUAUGAUAAGGACGUUUUGGAAGCUGUGGCAGGACCGUCUGGAGGAGGCUGAAGACAAGAGUUUUCAGCCACUAGCAGAAAUGGCUCAGACUAACUACUGCAAGUCCCUGUUGAGCAGCUGUUUUCACGACUGGAGGGAGAAACUUGCUGAGCAGAGACACAUGCAGGAGCUGGAGCAUCGUGCAGACGUUUGGUUUGCAGACCGGAUGCUGCCUCAGUGUUUCCACUCGUGGGUUGAGUUCACUCUGCAGAGGAGACUCCAUAAACAGAGGAGACACAAGGCAGAGGUCUAUAAUCAGCAACGUCAGUACACUUGGGUGUUUUACACCUGGUGGAGAAGGUCGGAGAAGCACAAGGAGCAAAUGCUUUCUGAGCACAUGGCAAUUCUUCAUGAGGAGCGAUGCCAAAUGCAGAGAGCCUGGGCUCACUGGAGGCAAAGGACAGAGGAGCAGGUCAGUGAGGAGGAGAAACAGAAAGCUUCAGACCAUCUGUACCUGCACCGACUUCUGCACAAGACGAUGGCACAGUGGAAGGACAACAGCACUGAGAUUCGAGACAGGAGAAACCGAGAGCAGCAGGCCUGUUAUCAGGGUGACCUGUGCCGCAUGAAAUGGGCUCUGGAAAAAUGGAAAAAGUUUGUUCAGAUCCAGAGAAAGAAAAAAAGCAGGCUGGAGGAGGUGCAUCGUUAUCAUGAAGCAAAACUUCUCAAACACACCUUUGUGGCCUGGAAGACAGACCACCUACAAAUGUCUCGUGUCUACGGUCAUGCAGAGGAACUUUACAGGCAAAAAAUGCAGCACUUACUCAGGAAGGCUCUGUCAGUGUGGAGGGAGAAUGCAAUGCUGCAGGCCGAGGGACGGCUCAUGGAGCAACAAGCACAAAAUCACUUUCAGCGCUUUCUUCAGCUUAAGGUGUUCCUUUCAUGGAGAGAAGCAACAACACGUGCAGUGUCAAAGCGCCACCAGCAGGGGGAAGCAGUCAGAAGAGCUGAGAGGUCCAUAAACCAAGUGUGUCUGCUGCGGUCUUUUAGACAGUGGAGGAAACAAACCAGAGAGGCUCGGAGGGAGAGGGUGCGUACGGAAAAAGCCAGACAGCACCAUAACUCCAAACUCCUCUCUAAAGCACUGAAAGCAUGGAAUAAGCAUCACAACCAAUGCCGGAAAUACAAGGUGAUGAAACGACAAGGAAUUUUGUUGCUGAGAUUAAAGAUGUACCAGACCUACUUUGAACAGUGGAAAAUAAAGCUGCAGCACAGACGGAGAGAGGUUAAGCAGACGGAGCUAGCGCUCUGGCACUGGUCUCUCACUCUUCAGGCCAAGGUGUUGUAUGCAUGGAGGCUGUGGGUCACCGAGCAGCGCAAGAAGCAAGAGCAGGCGACCAGAGCUGCACAGCUCUACAGAGACCAGCUGCUGAGGGAAGGCGUGACGUGCAUCCUCACAUAUGCUGCUCACAUGAAUGAUCUCACAGCGAAUUUCACGCAACACAGCCAAGAGCAAAGAUCACGUCAUCUCCAGAGAGUGGUUAAACGUUGUGCUAUGCGGUGGAAGCAGCGGGCAUUGUGUAAAACACAAAAAGAACAAGCAGUCAACGGUCAACCACCGAAAAAGAGCGUGACCUUCUGUUUGGCUACGCCUGGACUGAAGAGCACUUCCUCGUUUGACUCAGCGGAGCAGGAAACAGAAGAUGGAGAGCUUAGCAAGCUGCUUCGCACUCGUAUGCCUCGACGGCAGCCGCGUCGCCGCGAAGAACUGUUUCAGUUUCCGCUGACAGUCAUGCCACAUAAAAGCACCCAAAACCUGUCUGGCAUCACCGGCACUGAAGCAGCUCCAAAACCCUUCAGUUCUCCUUCACAGAAAAAACAUUCUGCGGUGCUGUCCUGCCUCCGUCCUGCUAAUGUCCUUGUUACCUCCAAACAUCAGAGCACCAUCACAUUUACUGAACCUCAGUCAUCUUUUGUGGACUCCUCUCAAGGAGAUGAAAACCAAGACCUCCUUCUUUUACCUCCUUCUGCUUUCAUGACCACUGAGUCUCAGAAUGUGUUGGGAAAAACCAGCAGCCCAGGUUCUGAAGAUGCCACACUUGCACCUUUUCAUCAUUAUGUUGCUCCCUUCAAACAUAAUCCCAGGUAUCCAGAGAUACACCUGAGAGCAUCCAGUGAAGAAAAUGAGGGUCUUCAUGUGGAGGAUGUAGCAACUGAUCCAGGAUCAGCUCUGACAAGAGAACUGCUCAGCAUUCAGCUGGAAAUGAAGAGUUUCCAGCAGGACAGGAAACAGCUCCGGGCAUGGCAGAAACUGAAAGAGGUUUUGCAAAGUUGGCUGCAGAGCAGUGGCGAGGAUGAGCAAAUGGAAAAAAAAUCAGUUUGUCAGGAGUUGAAGGAGUUGGAGGGGCGCAUCGACAGGCUGUCCGCUGAACUGGCGAAACGGAAGCCAACGAUGCAGCUGCACGCAGAGAGGAUUCAGCAUUUACACGCUGUCCUCCACACUUCAGGAGUUUCUGCUCUCCGUCGAAAAAUGAAAGAGAUGGAAACUGACUGCUCUGUAUUUACAACGUGAAAGGAAAAAGUACCAUUCCAAAGUGAUUAGACUAAAUAAGUGACUUGAGAAUUGAAUGAGAAGACUUGCCACAUAUUUUGUUAUAAGCUGCAUACCUCCACUGUGUUCAGCUUGUGAGGAAAGAAUUGAUAUCUUAAUGUCCAGGUAAUGUUUAUUUAUUAUUGUUAAAUAUCAUGUAAAAGUUUUUAAAAUUUUCUCAGCAUAUCCAGAAACAUGAAAGCCAAGUACCUUAAAGCAGCCUUCACCUCUACAUCUACACUUUAAAUCGUUGAAAACUUUGGAUAGGGGUCGUCCUUGUGACAGAUGGUGCUAAAUAUUUUCCAUAUGUGUGCAAAAAGUGACUUUAGGGUUUUCAAAAGAGCAGCUCUUGCGUAAUAGGUUUUCUGUUUCUCUCUUCGGACCAGUGCCUGUGAUACUUUCGAAAAUCUAUGCAGGAAAAUCAAGGAUUUGAGACUAACAGAAAGGACCGUUGUCUGCUGUGCUCUGCUGACCGCAUAAGACAGAUUUGUGUGUAUCUUUGAUCUACUACAGAGCAGAAUGCGAGGAAUUUAUGCUAUUUUACUCUUUUUCAUCUUGGUCUGCUGCGUUGGGGGUAAGUUUUGUUACUGAGCUAGUUCGUUUAUCUACAAUGAGAAGUUAUUUUAUGCUCAUAAUUCAGCCUCACUAAGUUCUUGAAUGUUCUUUUUUUAUUAUGAUUAUAAUUUUUUUUUUUUAGUUUUGGCUUUUGAUUGUUUCUGGCAAAGUUGUUACCCUCUGUGGAGCUUUUCAGGACAUUAUUAAAAGUGAUUUUAACAAUAUAAAUGCUGUAGAAUUGUUUCACAGUUUGCUGAAAUGCAAAGUUGGAUUCCGUUAUGUUUUUUGAUAAAUUAAUGCACAAAGAAAUUUAUUAAAUAUCUGCGUU